ACCCACACCUGGCCUUCGAGCCUAGUGACAACUACCACGAUGAAAGUUGCAUCCCCCUCCCCUUGGGUGGGUUCGACCCGCCCCAUUGACCAAUUGUUCAAAAUAUAUAUAUAUAUAUAUAUAUAAAUUCUUACCCACUAAGAAACAAACGUUGCUAUGUUCUGCUGUGAAGAAGAAGAUAUGAAGGAGAGGAAGGUUGAUGAUGCUGCUUUGUUCGAUGUUGCUGCUUUGUUUGGUGCUGCAGCUCUGUUCGGUGAAGGAGAAGCUACUGGCUACCGACGGUGGUGGUUUAAAGCAGAUGUAGAUCUGUUCUGCCGUUGUUGCUGUGUUCCUGCUGCUGCUGUUGGGUGGAGGAAGGCAAGGAAGAUGAGCCGCGAAAGGGAUGGAAGGGGCUGUCGGCAAUGGUGGUUAAUAGUAGAUGCAGAUCUACUCUGCUGCUGCUACUUUGUUCCUGCUAUUGCUCCGUUCGGUGAACCAGUGUUGCUAUUGUUCGAUGGAGGAAGCUAAGGAAUAUGAGCCGCGAAGGUUGUCCAAAGGGUUGCCAACGGUGGUGGUUGAGAGUAGGGAGGACAAUGGAGGAAGGAGGCGAGGAUUUAUUCUACUCUUGAGCUUUCUUCUUCAGUUCUUCUUUCUAUUUUUUGUGCCGAGUUUUUUUUUUUUUUUUCAAUUAUGGUCUUUUAUUAGGAAUUUUUUAAAUCUCAUCUUAAUUGAAGUUUAAGGGGGUUUUUUUUGUAAUAAUAUUAAAAAGAUGAGAUAAAU